AUGAGAUACAGACUCUACUCCCUCAUCUACAAUGCCAUCAUCAACUGUGCCAAGCCAACACUUUCGAUCAACAUCUUUCCAAGAAAGGUUCUCGUCACAGACCCUUCUAUGGAAAGCACACUCUCCAGGCAUACAUCGGAGACAAGUCUUGCCAACGUCAUGUUCCUCAUUGGCCGCCGCGUGUUUGGCUUGAGUGAUGAAACCAUCAAGGCAAUCGGUUCAUAUGAUCCUCGUCCCGUCCACGUCGGCGAGUUCUCCUCGGCGAGCAACGUCAGGGCUCUCCUUGCGCAAGUGUCUGCCACUGCAAGCCAGAAGCUGCGGAGCCAGCCUGACGUUCAGGAGACUGAGCUUGGGCCUUGGCUGUUCAAGCUGACUAGCUCGUCGGUGGCAAGCGCCCUCUGGGGCCCGGAGAGCCCGUGGGUUGUUGACGAAGAGUUUCAGACACAGUUCAUGGAAAUCAGCGGUUCGCAAAUGACCCUUCUGAGGCCGUUUUCGAGAUACACUGCCCAAGCAGCCCACAAGGCCAGAGCUUUCAUCGUUGACAGACUGAGGUCCUUCCACGUCAAGAACAGAGAAUCCAGGCUCCGCCAAAUCGCCCAUCGGAUCAACGCCGUCGUCCUGUCCGACCCAAAUUGGGAGUCCAACAAGGACUACUUCAAUGUUGAGCUUCUUACCUCACUAGGACUUCUAGUUACACCAAGCAGUAUGGCCGUCUGGAUGAUCCGUCAUCUCCUGAUGCGUCCGGAUCUGUUUGACAGAGUGGCCAAGGAAGCGCGUGAUCCCAACGCCCUCGACGCAGAAGGCAACAUUGAUGUUGCCCGCAUCCGAGAGUCGUUUCCCUUCUUGGCAGCCUGCUUGUAUGAGACAUUGAGACUGCACAUGACAGCGAUUCCACGCCUGGCAAAAACAGAUUUCGACGUUGCGGUGCCAAACUCACAACCAAUCCACCUUAAGUCGGGAGAUCUCAUUUACCUCGCCAUGUCUUCGUUCAACAGAGACACAACCACAUGGGGCUCCGACGCCAGCAUCUUUUCUCCUGACAAGUUCUUGACCGAUUCUGGUCGUCUCUCGGCCUCCAUGGUUCGAAAGCUGCGAGUCUUUGGCGUAGCCGGAAACUUGUGCCCUGGGAGGAAGCUUGGCUUCGAGACGAUUCUGUUUGUUGUAGCAAACAUGCUUCGCGACUUUGACAUCGAAAACCCUCGGGAGGGCGAGGAUUAUCCAGAGCCGAGGACUGAAGACGGGUUCGGCAUUGGCUUUGAGCGAUGCGCCAACGAAAUCACAGUGAGACUCAGGAGAGUGUAG